AUGGCAGUUAAAGGAUUAGGCAAACCAGAUCAAGUUUAUGACGGUUCUAAAAUUAGAGUUGGGAUCAUCCACGCCCGGUGGAACAGUGUCAUUAUUGACGCCCUUGUGAAAGGUGCCAUUGAAAGAAUGGCCUCCCUGGGUGUCAAUGAGAAGAACAUAAUAGUGGAGACAGUUCCCGGGUCCUACGAAUUGCCCUGGGGAACUAAGAGGUUUGUCGACAGACAAGCCAAGCUAGGUGAGCCAUUGGACGUUGUUAUCCCUAUCGGUGUGCUUAUCAAAGGUAGUACCAUGCACUUUGAGUACAUUUCAGAUUCUACGACUCAUGCAUUAAUGAACCUGCAAGAAAAAGUCGACAUGCCCGUCAUUUUCGGCCUUUUGACUUGUAUGACCGAAGAACAAGCUCUGGCCAGAGCUGGCAUCGAUGCCUCCCACUCCAUGCAUAACCAUGGUGAAGACUGGGGUGCUGCUGCCGUGGAAAUGGCGGUUAAGUUUGGUAAGAAUGCCUUUUAA